UUCUACUUGUUCUGAUUUGUGUGCUUAAUUAAUUUCUUUUGUUUCCUGUUUCUUGGGGGUGUUGCGCAGAACGAGAUGAACUUUUUGCGGAAGCUGUCGCAUCCCAACCUCAUCAGGCUGCUGGGCUACUGCAAGGAAGAGAACGCCGCGUUCCAUCUCGUCUACGAGUUCAUGGCUAACGGGAGCUUACAGGAUCAUCUUCUUGAGAAAGGGAAGCCACCGCUCUCGUGGAAGCUGAGAAUUAAAAUAGCAAUCGGUGCUGCUCGAUGUCUUCGUUUUCUACAUAAAUCGAACAAGCGCAUCAUCCAUCGGGACGUGAAGCCCUCGGUCAUCCUGCUUGACUCCGACUUCAACCCAAAGCUAUCCGGCUUGGGUUGGUCAUUGUCAUUGAAGGGCCGGACCGGUAAGCCGGGCCGUGUCUCAACGCAUGUCUUGGGCACACCUGGAUAUUUGGACCCCCAGUGCAUCACCACUGGUCAUCUGGACGCGAAGAUGGACGUGUAUGCAUUCGGGAUGGUGUUGCUGUAGAUGCUCACUGGUCGGAAGGUGUUCGAUCCUGAUCGACCGUGCGCUGAACGCCACUUGGCACAGUUCGCCAAGCCCCAUCUCUUAUCGGAUGCCAAAGAGCUAGCGAGUCUAAUGGACCCAAAACUAAUGGGGAGUAUCCAUCGGCGGCCGCUUCUCGACUGGCCCGAAUCAUCGAAGCAUGUAUCGAGAAGGAGCAUAAGCUCCGACCAACCAUGAACGAUGUUGUGAAAGCCCUCGAGAAGAUUGACGCCAUAAGGAUAGGAGGAGAUUAGAAGCUGUUCAUAAUUCUGUUAAUAUUCUGUAAAUAUUGAAAUAAUAUUCAGAGGUCGUCGGACUUGUGGCUGGAAUUAGAUG